CAGGUUCAUAUUAAAAUUGGAAGUUUCUAUCUUUUGAGGGACAUUGGAAAUUGAAUGUAAUGGCAGCAGAAUUUAUAAAGAGUUGCUGUAGAGGAUGUUUCCAUGGUGAAACAGAAAAGCACAAGUUUUCUGUGGAAAGAGACAGUAAAGCAGCAGUCUCAAAUAGUCAGACUACCACUAUCUGUAUACCUCCGUUGACUUCUGUUUCUGUAAAGCCUCAGGUUGGCUGUACUGAGGAUUAUUUGCUUUCCAAAAUACCCUCUCAUGGCAAAGAAGUACCAUUUGUGGUGCCUAAGUUCAAGUUGUCUUAUAUUCAGCCCAGGGCACAAGGAACUCCUUCUCAUCUGGAAGAACUUGAAGGAUCUGCCAGAGCAUCUUUUGGAGAUCGAAAGGUGGAACUUUCCAGUUCGGCUCAGCAUGGGCCCAGCUAUGAUGUGUACAACCCUUUCUAUAUGUAUCAGCACUUUUCACCUGAUUUGAGUCGGCGUUUUCCUCCUCAUUCAGAAGCAACAAGACUGUAUGGAUCAGUUUGUGACCUAAGGACCAGCAAACUUCCUGGUUCCCCUGGCCUAAGCAAAUCUAUGUUUGAUCUUACAAGUUCAUCUCAGAGAUUCAUCCAGAGACAUGAUUCGUUGUCUAGUGUACCCAGUAGUACAUCUUCAAGAAAAAAUUCUCAGGGGAGUAACAGAAGCCUGGAUACGAUUACUCUCUCAGGAGAUGAAAGAGAUUUUGGCAGAUUGAAUGUGAAAUUGUUUUAUAAUUCUUCAGUGGAGCAGAUCUGGAUCACAGUUUUACAGUGCAGAGAUUUAAGUUGGCCUUCUAGUUAUGGUGAUACUCCCACUAUUUCUGUAAAGGGAAUACUAACGUUGCCCAAACCAGUGCAUUUCAAGUCAUCAGCAAAGGAAGCUUCUAAUGUUAUUGAAUUUUUGGAAACUUUUGUAUUUGCUAUUAAACUACAAAAUCUACAAACUGUAAGACUUGUAUUCAAGAUUCAAACCCAAACUCCCAGGAAGAAAACCAUUGGAGAAUGUUCUGUGUCGCUUAGAACUCUCAGCACACAGGAAAUGGAUUACUCUUUGGAUAUAAUACCACCUUCAAAAUUUUCUGUUUGCCAUGCAGAACUUGAAUUGGGGACUUGUUUUCAAGCAGUAAAUAGCAGGAUUCAGCUUCAAAUUCUUGAGGCACAGUAUCUUCCAAGCUCAUCAACACCUCUGACUUUAAGUUUUUUUGUGAAGGUGGGAAUGUUUAGCUCAGGAGAGUUGAUUUAUAAGAAGAAAACACGCUUACUGAAGGCCUCCAAUGGAAGAGUAAAGUGGGGAGAGACUAUGAUUUUUCCACUUAUACAGAAUGAAAAGGAAAUUGUUUUUCUCAUUAAGCUUUAUAGUCGAAGCUCUGUAAGAAGAAAACACUUUGUGGGCCAGAUUUGGAUAAGUGAAGACAGUAAUAGCACUGAAGCAGUGAACCAAUGGAAAGAAACAAUUGCAAAUCCAGAAAAGGUUGUUACCAAGUGGCACAAGUUAAAUCCAUCCUGAAGACUUCACAUAUUAAUUUGGUGAAGAAACAACUUGACAUUCUUUUAGAAGACUUAGAAUUUUAAUUUGCUA